AUGGCGGCUCAAAGUUCACAAUUUCAAGAGGAGACUAGAAGUAAUAUGAGAAACACUGGUGCGUCAAUAAAAAAUCUGGAAGUGCAAAUGAGUCAGAUUGCUCAACAACUCGCGGGUUCUCAAACACCGGGUGCAUUACCGAGUGCUACAGUUACAAAUCCACGAGAGCAUAAUAAUAUGAGUGUUGUAACCAUAAUAAGUGGUAAAUCAAAAGAAGUCCCUGAGAAAGAUGAUGACCAAGAAGACCAAUUGCUUGAAGUUGAGUUGGAAAUAAAAGAAAAUAAGGUUGUGAGUGAAGAGGUGGUAGUGCCUAAACUGAUGGUUAAAGAAAAAGUUAGUGAAUCAAAGCCGGUUGUCAAACUACCUUUCCCCACAAGAAAUAGGAAGAAAGAGAAACAUGAGAAGAACUUCGAGAAAUUCUGGGAGAUGUUCAAAAAGCUUGAGAUUAAUAUUCCGUUCUUGGAGGCACUUGAACAAAUGCCCUCUUAUGCCAAAUUUAUGAAGGAUAUUAUUUCAAAAAAGAGGAGCACCGACACUGACCCUAUUGUAUUAACCGAAACUUGUAGUGCAAUUUUGCAGGGUAUGAAGAUUCCAGUGAAAAAGAAAGAUCGAGGCUCGGUAACUAUCCCUUGCACUAUCGGGGAUAUAUCUUUCAAAAAGGCCCUUAUAGACUUGGGGGCAAAAAUUCCGGAAGAUGAAGAGAUACCACUCAUUCUUGGUAGACUAUUUUUGCAGACCGGAAGACGUUUGAUAGAUAUAGAAGAGGGCACCAUGACUCUAAAAGUUUACGAUGAAGAGUUGAAAAUUGAUAUGCGUAACACCAUGAGGUUGUUAAACUAUUAG